AUGGCCUCGCCGAGCAUCAACGCGGAUCCCCAAAAUGGGCCAUAUGUGCUGCAACCGUGGGUAGAUUCGGUGCCUCUGUCUGCAGACGGCUCUGAGGACGGCAUCAAGAUCAAUUGCGUCGAAUAUUUUGGUUUGUGGCCUCUUUGCUCUCAACUACACGGCAAUCUAUACGUUGGAACCUCUGCCUCCGAGCUUCUCCAUUUCUUCAGCAUCCCUCCCGAUCCCUCCGACAAGUCCGGGCGCCCUGUUUUCAUCCCAGCUUCCAGGCUCUCGCCUGCGUUCGCCGAGAAUACUACGGCACGGCCUGGUGUCCAGCAAAUCCUACUACUACCCCGAGUCGGCAAGGCGUGUAUAUUGUGCAAUGGAACAGUCACUUUCUACUCUCUUCCGGAGCUGAGUCCGGUAUUUGGGGCAAAGCAGGUCAAGAACUGCGGCUGGGUCGGUGGCGUCGACUUGAACGAGGUGGAACAGGGCGAUGGUGUCACGAACACUGGCGAGACGGUCACAGUUCUUCUUUCCCUUAAUCGACGAAUUCAGGUGGUUAAAAUCGAUGAAGACGUACGCGCCGUCAAGAACAUCGACUUUGCGGGCAGCAGCCUUUCUGUCCGGCGUGACUCCAUAGCUUGCGUGGCAGAUUCAAAAACAUACGCCCUCAUCGAUGUUAAUCGGCAGCUAAAGAUUCCUCUCAUGAAUAUAUCAUCAUUGGAAGAGAACCCCGACUCUGACGAAUUUGGACAUGUUCAAAAUAUCGCCAAGGACGCAGGCAGAAGCAUUGCUCGAAGUGCCUCUUCAAACCAAAACCGGUCACAGAGCAGCUCGCGAGGCCAUGGCCGAAGUUCUAGCCUGGGAAAUACUGCUACCGCCGUGGACUCACCAAAACCCGAUUCGCAAGGAGCAAGCCCGCGGCUCCCUCCCACACAAACGCUCUCUCCUCCCGGACAGCCGUCGAGCCCUCGGCCCCCUGAAGAGCAUAGUUCGACUCCGCCACCCCUUGAUAAACCCCUACCUGCACCCCCUCCAUCCUCUAGCCCAGCACCACGGCCUGUGAUAGCUUUGCUGAGGCCACACAUUGCUUCGCCAACCCCGGAGGAAUUCCUUCUUGUUAUGGGCACCAGCCCCUCGGAUCCUGGCGUUGGCAUGUUUAUAAACCUUGACGGCGAUCCCACACGACCAACAAUCACGUUUGAUAUAUACCCUGAGCAAGUCAUGGUUGAUCGCAGUUCGUCGGAUGAUGCCGCCUCAACAGAAGACGAGGACGGCUAUGUAUUUGCGUCCAUGACAAAGGAGAUCAAUGGCGUUUCUCGCAGCGGAGUGGAAAUUCAAAGCUGGAGUGCCGGCAAUGAAGCGCAUCCCGAAAAGCAGUGGUUAGAAGCCGGCGAUCCGGAUCUCGACGGGACAUACGGGAUUCGAACUGUCGCCAGCAGCCAGGAAACUCAAUCCGAUGAGGUUAUCGAGAAACUAAGUAUGAAGAAAUUCAUACCAUUUCCAAGCACAGCUGAAUCAACCGCCCCAACGGUGUCUACUCUAAAGCCCUCAGACUCUCGGACUGCCCUCUCGAUAGAACGGCUGUCAAAGGAGCGAGAGCUUUUUGAACGCGAUCACGAGUCACAAGAUGGAGAGUCGCUUCCAGAGGGGUGGGAGGCCUCAAGGGCCGUAGAAGGAGAAGAAUUUGCUCGCCGGCUGUCGAAAUCCAGAACACGUGUCGCUGUAUGGCGUGGCAACCGCAUUUGGUGGGCCGCUCGGAAUCCCUUGAUAGUCCAGCUCGACAAAAGAUUGGAGGCUGCCCGCCUAGCCGGACAAACCGAGAAGCAGGACAUUGAUAAGCGUGCAAUCAUCAUGGUUUUGUCAGUCAUUCGCGACCGUGACCCAAGUACAGAGCUUGAGUUCACUACAUUUGGCUACAUACAGCAAAAAGCUGGAGUAAUUCUCUUGAUUAAUCUCCUUCUUUCCGCGCCGGACCAGGAAUUCUCAGAUGAGGAGCUAAAUGCUCUACAGGAGGUCCUCGUAGAAAGCAAACUUGACCCGCGAGUUGUGUUGUCUCUGAUUCCAGGAGUACGGAAUGAAAUCAUAGAGGGUCGUCGAGGUAUUUGGAUCUAUGGCGGUGUAAAGGAGUUACCAGAAGCGUUCCUAGAAAGUCCAGCAUUCCAGACGCUAUAUCAAGGAGGCAUAAGGGGUCUUCAGCUACAGACUUUGCAUUUCCUCAGGCGCUACUUGCAGGCUUGGAGAAAGAUGAAGGGCUUCGGAAGUGUGUCAGUCGAGCCUGAAGUAUUCCGAACUGUGGAUGCCGCAUUGCUUCUCGUUCUGCUAGAGCUUGACAGGCAUUCUCCUAAAGGUCUGGGGAAAGGAGGCGCCGUCAGAGCAGAGCUAGGCGCAUUGGUAGAUGGCGGCAUGGAUUGCUUUGACCGAGCCGUUGGUCUCUUGGAGUCGUAUCACAGAUUCUUUGCCUUGAGCAGACUAUACCAAAGCCGCAAGAUGUCUGCUGAUGUGCUGGCAACUUGGAAGCGUGUCCUCGAGGGAGAAGAAGACGACGCUCAAGAGCUGACGGACGGUGAACAAAGGGUACGCGAGUAUCUUACCAAGAUCAGCAACCAAGCGCUUGUUCAAGAAUAUGGUCUGUGGCUGGCCAAUAGAAACCCGAAACUCGGUGUGCAGGUAUUCGCGGAAGACAAGGGCAAAUCGCCCAAGUUUGAGCCCACCAAAGCCGUAGAGCUGCUGCGUGCGGAGGCUCCCGGCGCGGUCAAAUAUUAUCUGGAACACCUGGUAUUCGAUAAAGGUUACGAAACCUACGUCAAUGAACUCAUCUCUUACUAUUUGGAGAUUGUCAUUGACGAUCUCGAAUCACCUACAAGCCGGGAACGCGUCCUGGCCGCAUAUACCGCCUACAAAGCCCUGCAAAGCCCCAAGCCAACGUACAGGCAUUUCUUGACGGAAAACGCCCCUGAGGACGACGAAGUCUGGCAAAGCCGCCUUCGACUUCUUCAACUCCUAGGCGGGCCUCACGAAUACGACAUUGCCGCCAUCCGGGAGCGCACAGACAGCCUAUCGGACGAUUUGCUCGUCCCCGAGACCAUCAUCAUUGCUGGCCGGGAACGCAAACACGAAGAUGCGCUGCGUCUCCUGGUCCAUAAACUCGGCGACUACGAUACCGCCGUCUCCUACUGCCUCCGCGGCGGCGCAACCAUAUACUCCCCCAUCCAGGGCCGCCGCGACAGCAUCCCCGAGGUGGAGCAGCAACGCCGCCUCUUCCAGGUCGUUCUCAGGGAGUUUCUCGCCAUUGACGACGUCAGCGACCGAGUCGAGCAGACGAGCGCCCUGCUCGACCGCUUCAGCGGAUGGUUCGACAUCGACGACGUGCUGGCCCUCAUCCCGGACCGAUGGUCGGUCGACAUCAUUGCGGGCUUCCUCGUCGGGGCUCUACGGAGACUCGUCCAGGAGAAGAACGAGGCGAUGAUGACGAGGGCUCUGAGUGGCACGGAGAAUUUGAGGGUUAGCUAUGAUUUGGUUGUUAAGAUGGAGGAAAAGGGGGCGACGAUUGAAAAGGCUGUGGGACAAGAGGCGUCGGGGCAGGAGUAG